CCAUCAUAGUUUACUUUCUGACUUUUCAACUGUCUGAUCUGGAAAAACAGCUGGCUGAUUUGACUGAGUUAGUUGUUGUAAUUGCCCUAAAGUUAUGGGGUUUAUCUUUAGAUUGGUGCUCUUAUCCUUGCUUGUGGUUGGAGAAAACCAAGCAUACAGUCUAAAGUCUUCUGGCAGUCCAAGAAAUGAGGAAACUUUGGCUUAUGAUAAUCAAUUAGUGCCCUACAUGCCUUCAACACCUGAGCAAACUCAUGGAGUUAAAGCUCCUAAGGCCUUUCAGCAGGGCUACCCAUCAUGGAAGCCCAACCAACCUCAAGAGCCUCAGAAUUAUGGCUACCCUCCACUGAAUCCCAGCAUACCAAUGGAGCCGCAGAAAAAUGACUUCCUACAACACCACAACGUUCCCAGUGGCCCCCAGCACCAUGGUUAUCCUCCCCAGCAGCAUGGUGCUCCCCAGCAUCAUGGUUAUCCUCCCCAGCAGCACGUUUAUCCUCCCAACCAGCACGGCGCCCCCCAGCAGCACGGUCAUCCUCCCAACCAGCACGGCGCCCCCCAGCAGCACGGUCAUCCUCCCAACCAGCACGGCGCCCCCCAGCAGCACGGUCAUCCUCCCAACCAGCACGGCGCCCCCCAGCAGCACGGUCAUCCUCCCAACCAGCACGGCGCCCCCCAGCAGCACGGUCAUCCUCCCCAGCAGCACGGCGCCCCCCAGCAGCACGGUUAUCCUUCCCAGCAGCACGGCGCCCCCCAGCAGCACGGUUAUCCUUCCCAGCAGCACGGCGCCCCCCAGCAGCACGGUUAUCCUUCCCAGCAGCACGGCGCCCCCCAGCAGCACGGUUAUCCUUCCCAGCAGCACGGCGCCCCCCAGCAGCACGGUUAUCCUUCCCAGCAGCACGGCACCCCCCAGCAGCACAGUGUCCACCAGCAACACCAUGUUCCCCACCAGCAUGGUUAUACUCAGCACCACAUCCCCAAUGUCCCCCACCAGGAUGGUUACCCUCAACACCCACAGGGUUACCCCUGGCAAAAUAAGAUGCUCCAGCAUUACACUUACCCUCCACAGCAACAAAAAGUCCCAGGGGUUCCCCAGCAACCUGGCUACCCAUAUGGACACCCCAAGAUGCCUCAGAAAUAUAUGUACCCAUUACAACAUCCUGGUGUCCCAAUGGUUGUACGGCAACCCAACUUCCUCCUGCGGCAGACCAGGGUGUCCCUGCAACCUGACUCUCUUCCUCAACAGCACAAGGUAUCCUCAAAACAAGACUACCCUCCACAACAGCCCAUGCACAAGGGUCCAGAGAAGCCAGACUACCCUCCCCAGAAGCCCAUCUCAAAGGGGCAGCAAAAACCAGGCUACCCUCCCCAACAGCCCAUGUCCAAGGGACUGCAGAAACCAGGCUACCCUCCACAACAGCCCAAGGUGACCCAGGAGCCCAGCAUGCCACCGAAGGUGCCCCAAGAACCAGAUCUGCCACCCCAGCACCCCAAGGUGCUUCAGGAGCCCAGCCUGCCACUUCAACAGCCUAAGGUGCCCCAGCAACCCAAACUUCCCCAAGAGCCCGGGCUGCCGUCCCAACAGCCCAAAGUGCCCCAGGAGCCCAGCUUGCCACCAAAGGUCUCACAGGAGCAGCAGCAGCAUGGCUCUUUGUCCAGGCGACGUUACAAAGCCAGGCAACCCGGCUUUUCUUCUCGGUUUCCUCAGAAGCCAAACUACCCAUCAAACCCAACUAAGAAGAUAACAAAGGUCAGAGACUAGGAUCUUAUCCAUAUUUGAUCCACUGUUAAACUGUAAAGUUCAUGUUUUUCUCCCAAAAGGUCAAUUACUGAAGUAAAGAACUUAACAUUCCACCUGUCUCAAAUAAAAACAAUUGCUACAAUUUA